CACCUGAAGACAGAGGACAAAUCGCUGCAGCAAGUACUGAGCAAACAUGAAAAUGUCUUCAAAGAGGAGCUUGGCACACUGAAAGGUAUGAAAGCUACCAUCCAUGUAAAGGCUGAUGCAGUCCCUCCUUUCUUCCGUCCGAGGUCUGUCCCGUACGCCAUGCGCACCAAAGUAGAUGAAGAAAUAGACAGAUUGUUGAAAGAAGGAGUAAUCUCACCUGUUAAACAUGCAGAAUGGGCAGCACCAUUGGUUCCAAUACUGAAGCCUGUUGGGACAGUAAGGCUAUGUGGAGACUACAAGCUCACUGUAAAUACAGUUUCCUCACUUGAACAAUACCCCAUACCCCGAAUGGAAGACCUGUUUGCAGCACUGACAGGAGGAAAACAGUUCACAAAGUUGGACAUGAGUCAUGCAUACCAGCAAAUACUCAUGGAUGAUGAAUCAAAGAAAUACUUAACAGUGAAUACGCACAGAGGCUUAUUCACAUACAACAGACUGCCUUUUGGAGUAGCAUCAGCCCCAGCUAUAUUUCAGAGGACAAUGGAAGGUCUCCUGCGAGGCAUUCCUUUUGUGGCAGUGUAUUUAGAUGACAUCCUGGUGAGCGGUGUGGAUGAGGAAGACCAUCUGCAGAACCUCGAGACAGUGUUGGCAAAGCUGGAGGAGGCAGGAUUGCGUCUGAGAAGGAGCAAGUGCACUUUCCUGGAAGAGGAAGUGGAAUAUCUGGGACAUCGAGUGGACGCACAGGGACUUCACCCUGUGGAAAAGAAAGUCAAAGCCAUCAUGGAGGCUCCCAACCCCACAAAUGUUACUGAACUCAAGUCGUACUUAGGUUUGCUAAAUUACUAUAACACAUUUCUGCCAAACUUAGCUACACUAUUGGCACCACUGCGUGAGCUCCUGCGACAAGAUGUGUGAUGGCAAAAGAAACAGGAAGAGGCUUUUAAAAAAUCAAAGGCCCUGUUAAACUCAGCAGAAGUGUUGGUGCAUUACUCUGCUGACCGAGAGUUAAUUAUGUCAUGUGAUGCGUCACCUUACGGGGUGGGGGCUGUUUUAUCACACGUAAUGGACGAUGGAACUGAACGUCCUUUGGGGUUCAUGUCGCGUACCCUAGCGCCUGCUGAAAAGAAUUACUCACAGCUAGACAAAGAAGGCUUAGCAGUUAUAUUAUAUUUGCAAUCAAGAAAUUCCACAAGUACUUGUAUGGUCGAACUUUCACCAUCUAUACAGAUCACAAGCCACUGAUCUCUCUCUUCAACGAAAAUAAACCCAUUCCACA